AUGCAAAAAGCUGCGCAAUAUUUCAGUUGCAUUGAUCUAUCUAUCUAUCUAUCUAUCUAUCUAUCUAUCUAUCUAUCUAUCUAUCUAUCUAUCUAUCUCUAUACACACACACAUAUAUAUGAUGAAAUAUAUACGCUCCUACACUUAUUUCGCUCUCCUAUACUCCUUCUUUCUCUUCCCUACACUAAUUUCUCGCCCCCAUACUCGUUUUUACACUAUUCCACACUGAUUACUCUCUCCUAUCCUCUUUAUAACUCUUUCCCCUUUUUCUUGCAUAUACUCCUUUUUCUUUUCCUAUACACUUUUCUCUCUCCUUUACUCCUUCAUUCUCUUUCCUGCAUUCCUUUUUCUCACCUUAACUCCUUUAUCUCUCCUAUUGUUCUUUAUACUAUCGCCUAUACUCACUUGUUUUUCCUAUACUCCUUUUGGAUUUCUUCUUUGUUAAAUACUCUGCCCAGCACUCAUCGAUUAAAUUCUAUAUUUAUAUAUCUAUCUAUCUAUCUAUCACUAUCUUUUAAUAUCUAUCUAUCAAUAACUAUCUUUUUACAUCUAUAUAUCAAUAACUAUCUUUUUACAUCUAUCUAUCUAUCAAUAACUAUCUUUUUACACCUAUCUAUCUAUCUUUUUAUAUCUAUCUAUCUAUCUUUUUAUCUAUCUAUCUAUCUAUCAAUAACUAUCUUUUUACAUCUAUCUAUCAUUUUACAUCUAUCUAUCUAUCAAUAA